AUGUCAUUUGCUACCGACGGUGGCAGGGAACCUGAACCUUCUACCUCCGCCCCUGCUUCCGCCUCCACCUUUACCUCCAUCUCCACCUCCGUUGAAUGGAAACGUGCAGUGGAUAAAAGUCUUGAUGAGGAGCAAUGGGGUUUAGUGGGAUGGGCUCAAGAGUAUAUCAAAGAGGGAAAGUUGAAGCAUAUAGUUGAUUCUGAUAUAAAGGAUCAAAUAUCCACAAAAUGUUUGAAGGAGUUUGUUCGAAUUACAGAGAGAUGUUUGGUCUGUAAUCCAAAGCAGCGACUUAUGAUGACUGAGGUUGUGUUCAGUCUUGAUUUUGUUCUCACCUUACAAGAGAAAACCAAUAGUUCUUUACAGGCUGGCAGGCAAAACAAUAUUCAGUAG